GAAAGGCACAUCCCAUUAUUAUUAUAAUGAUCGCAUGCCAUCCAUACCUCCAACUCGCCCAGUGAACAUCUUAACGACAGCGACGCUGCAUUUCAGCUACAUAGAACACUCUCGUCUCCACGCGAUCUUUGUACCUACAUCAUGUCCAAGGGGACUCAAUUCCUCACGCUUGCCAUCCCCUCCAUCAUCGCCUACUUUCUCGCCUUCUUCCACAUUCUCCCGAUACCAUUCGUCAGUGCUGAGACCCUGGACCUGAUAUUACCAGUGCUCCCCUGGUGGUUACUCGUCUCAUUCGGUGCCUACUCCCUUUCUUCCCUUGGACUCGGUCUACUACGUUUUCACGACACACCAGAAGCGUAUGAGAGCCUGUUGAAGGAGAUCAAUCAGGCCAAGUUGGAAUUGAGGGAUGCAGGUGUGACGGUGGAUUGACGAGAUGCGGUGUUGAAUCGUGUAUGGCGUUUGUCGGGCCGUAGAAUCACCAUGGACGACCGAGGGCGUGCAACGACAGGAAGCGAGUAAUCUUUCUGGCCGACCGCUGCAAAGAACGCUGUGAUACAGCGUGAG